CCAGAAGCAUCCAAGAAUCUGGCAGGAGUUGCACCGAAUAAUCCUUCUAGCAAUAACCCUUUGACAGGAAAUAAUACGUUAGUAUAUAAACAUGUUUUUGCAUCAUCUUCGACUCUGAGAGGUUGUGUAUCGGUUGCAAAUGUGGAAAUUGUCUAG